AUGAACGGAUCUUAUCACUUCUCCCCUCUGGCCCUCUGGCUGAACUCCAGUGGAGAUGAGGAGGGUUCUAGCGGUUUUAAUGAGGUGCCCAACGGGAGCGCAACACCGGAGGUUCUAUGUGAGCAGGUGCAGAUCCGUGCAGAGGUGUUCCUGGCCCUGGGGAUCGUCAGCCUGCUGGAGAACGUUCUGGUGAUCUGGGCGGUGGUGAAGAAUCGGAAUCUGCAUUCGCCCAUGUACCUGCUGCUGUGCAGCCUGGCGGCGGCGGACAUGCUGGUCAGCCUGUCCAACGCGCUGGAGACCGUCGUCAUAGCACUGCUCCAGAGCCGCAUGCUGUUGCUAGGGGAUCACUUCCUGCAGCUCGUCGACAACAUCUGUGACUCCAUGAUCUGCAUCUCGCUGGUGGCCUCCAUGUGCAGCCUCUCGGCCAUUGCCGUGGACCGUUACAUCACCAUCUUCUACGCCCUCCGCUACCACAGCAUUGUCACGGUGCGUCGUGCUCUGGCGGCCAUCUGUGGCAUCUGGCUCGUGUGUGUGGUCAGCGGCGUGGUGUUCAUCGUAUUCUCGGAGAGCACGACAGUGGUGGUGUGUCUCAUCACGCUGUUCUUCGCCAUGCUGCUCCUGAUGGCCACCCUGUACGUCCACAUGUUCCUGCUCGCCCGCAUCCACGCGCAGCGCAUCGCCGCCCUGCCCCCCGCCCUGGAGACCGGCGGGUACCCCCCCGACCCGUCUGCCGAUGACCCUGCCGUCGCCGCCCCAAGGCCGUUGCCACGGCGACGCACGGCCAUGAAGGGGGCCAUCACCAUCAGCCUGCUGCUGGGCGUGUUUGUGUGCUGCUGGGCGCCGUUCUUCCUGCACCUGCUGCUGUUGCUCACCUGCCCUCAGCGUCCACCCUGCCGCUGUUACAUGGCCCACUUCACCACCUACCUGGUGCUCAUCAUGUGCAACUCCGCCAUCGACCCGCUCAUCUAUGCCUGCCGCAGCCACGAGAUGAGGAAGACCUUCAGAGAGAUCCUCUGCUGCUUCACACACAGCUGCCACACUCCCGUCUGACACACA